AUGCCUAAAAUAGCUGACUAUCAUCUUACAGGUCGAUCUCAGGCCGACAAAUCUACUCUUGAAUCCUCUAGUGGUGCUUCCCUCGCUCCCGCCACCAGAGAACCAUGCGCCAUUUGUCUGGAAACCCCAAUCACCUAUGGGCUUCUCGUUGCCUGCGACCAUGUCUUCUGCUUAGAGUGCAUUCGACACUGGCGUUCGUCCUCAAACCCGGAUGAUUCUGACGCCCCAGCAUUGGACAUCGGGCUAGAUGGGCUUGUGCCCUCAAGAAACACCAAAAAUUGUCCAUUGUGCAGAAAACAAAGCCACUUUAUUAUCCCCAGCUCCACCUUUCCCACGCCACCUUCAACAAAAGCAAGCCUUAAUGAAGAAAUAGAUAUACACAGCAAGUCAAUUUCAGCAGGCAAAAAGAGCAAAACAAACAACCCCGCCAAAGAUAAGAUCGUACAGAGGUACCUUGCCAAGAUGAAGAAAAUACCAUGCCGUUACUUCGAGCUGGAGGUGUUGCGCUGGAGUAAAGAACUCUCCCGUUCGUCCCUCCCGGUAUGCCGUGUCAAGUUUCAACCUCGAUGCUAUUUUGCAAACAUGUGCCACUACGCCCACAUCAGUCCGAUCACCUACAUGCCAUACACAUUCUCGAAGCGGGAAAUCAAGCGAAUGAACCUACAGCGGCUAGCGAGGGCUCGCAAGAACGACCAAGUGCUGUUUCCAUUGGGACCAUUUGACGUCCUGUUUAGCAACUUCGCACACGGGGGCUUCCCAACACUUUCUCCGGAUGCAGUGGAUCCUUUUCGAGAAAUAUUGUUCGCAUCCUUACACCGUGACCCCGACGACGAUGAGAACAGAUUUCCAGCUAUAGACGCCAUGUGGGAAGACGAGGAAUAG